AUGGCUCAAACCUUCGGGGCCGUCCCGGACAAGGACCUCCACGACGACCUCGGAGACGCCCUCACACAGAGCGCCGACGAGUUCAAGGCUCUCCUCGACACCAACCACGUCUGGGAUUUCGAAAAGGCCACCAGUCGCGAUGUCUACUGGGACCUCCAGGCCAUCCAGUUCCAGCGCCAGGAGAAGCGGACCAUGAUGAACCUCAGCCGGAUCCAGAUGUUUUUUGACGGCAUGGACGGCCUGCAGGAAGUCUUGGAGGAGUUGGAGCCCAGCAGAGCUGCCAGCAUCAUGGCGUAUGUCUGGGGCCCGAUGAGGUUUCUGUUAAAGGUCACAACAGUCAACGACAAGGCGUUCGACCAAAUCCUCGAGGUCUACCAACGCUUGGGACAUAACAUCCCGCCCCUUGAGGAAUACAAGCAGUUCUUCGCCGGCUCGCUGGACGCCAGGAGAUGCCUGCUGCACCUCUACCGUGACGUUCUCGAGUUUCACAGACUGGCCUACAAGCUCUUUUCCCUCCGCACGUUAUGGACCAGGCUUCACAGGGCAACGUGGCGAGAUCUCGAAUCGACCUUUGCUCACCUCGCCUCGUCCAUCGCGCUCCACGCCGACUUCAUCCGAACCCACGGCCGCCGCGUCCACCGCGACCGGCUGCCCCUCCUCCGCGCCGUCGACUCGGGCUUCGCCGCGGCGCCCCCGUCCCCGCCUCCGCCUCCGGCCCCGGGUCCGGCCGACCACGACUUCCGCCGCGGGUACCAGCAGUACGAGGUCGCCUACGCCGUGUCGUGGAGGCAGUUCCGCCAGCGCGAGGAGGACCGCAAGAGCAAGCAAAAGACGCGGAUCCUGAAAUGGAUCGCGGCGCCCAACAAGACCGAGACGCUCCACGACAGCUUCGUCCGCAAGCGGGGCCUGUGCCCGGACAGCGGCCGGUGGCUGUACAAGCGGUACGACGCCGUGUCCAACUGGAUGCGCGAGGACCCUCCCCGUGACUCGACGCUCUGGGUCCACGGGCCGCGGGGCAUGGGCAAGACGAUCCUGGCGUCGCUCGUCGUCACCCGUCUGCGCGAGCUCAUCCGCGAGGGCAGGGUCAUCCCGGCCGGCGCCCAGGUGGGCUACUUCUACUGCCAGGAGGGCGACCAGGACAUGGCCACGUACCUGGGCAUCCUCCGGAGCCUCCUGCACCAGUUCGUCUCGGCCGCCGAGGUCAUGACCCCUGACUCUCCGGAUCAUGGGGACGGCGACGUGGAGAGCAACACCUCAUGCACCAAAAACAACAACAACAACAACAACAACAACAACGCCACGAUCCUCCCCCUCUGCGCCGACAAGAUCACCAACAGCGGCGGCUCCUCCCUCAGCUCGCCCGAGGCCGCCCUCCCGCUCCUCGAGGCCUUCUUCGACAUCAACCCGCGGCAGUACCUCGUCGUCGACGGCCUCGACGAGUGCGCCGCGCCCACCGAGGUCCAGCAGGCCGUUGCCUUCCUCGCGGCCCAGGUGACGCGCUGCGAGGACGUCAGCCAGGGGUCGCUGCGCGUGCUCUUCGUCAGCGCCGCGUCCGCCGACGUGAGGCGCGUCAUGGCCAAGCACGGCGUCCCCGGCGAGGGGGGCAGGGAGGUAACGCUCGACGUCAAGAACAACGCGCAGGACAUCCGUGGCUACGUCCGCAAGAGGCUCGAGCCGGCCGAGCUGGCCAAGGCGAAUCGGCGCUUCAACCUGACGGAAGCCGACGUCCAGGUCAUCGAGGACCAGGUUGCGGUACAGAGUGAAGGUGUCUUUCUGUACGCCGAGCUCGCCAUGGAGUAUCUCGUCAAGCAGAUGACCAAGAAAGAGCUGCUCGAGAAGGUCAAGCCGGGGAUGCUGCCAGAUAAGUUGUCCACGAUGUACGACACCCUCCUCGGCACCCUCAAAGAUAACCUCACGCAGCUGUCCCCCGAGCACUGGGCCAAGGCCAAACUGCUCCUCGGCUGGCUCGUCUGCGCCCACCGUCCGCUCAAGUGGCACGAGAUCCAGGCCAUCCUCGCCUUCGACCCGGACCACGACGCCGUCGACUUCGACCUGCGCAUGAUCCGCACCGAGAACGUGUCCGACUUCCUCGGCUCGCUCGUCCAGGUCCUGCCGGGGGACAACAUCCGGCUGAUCCAUUCCACGGCGAAGAAACACCUCGUCAACACCGAGCAUAUAAACGACCAGUCCGUUCAGUGCGACCUCGCCAUCCUCUGCCUCCGGUAUCUCUCCCUCCGCUGCUUCGCCGCCCCGGACUACACCGAGGCCGAGCGCCGCCAGCACAUCCUCCAGGGCUACUUCUCCUUCCAGGACUACGCCGCCUCGCAGUGGUACAAACACAUCGACAGUGUCAUCACGUCGUGCCGGGACGUCUUCCUCCUCCCCGCCCCCGCCACCGCCUCCGCCCCGUCGUCCCCCUCGAGCAUCUACACCCAUCACCUCCUCGCAUCAACAUCACACCCGGCCACCACCACCACCACCACCGCCGCCGUCACCAUCGUCCAGCAGCUCCGGCGAGAACACUACGUCGCCGCCUUCACCUCGGCCCUCGACCGCUUCACCUCCGCCUACGACCAAGACCUCGAACCGUCCGCCUCGCCGCCUCACCCGGACCUCCCGCUCGACAGCAUCGCGGCCUACUCCGGCCUCCCCUUCUACCCGUCCCUCCACCGCCUCUGGAAGCACAUCUUGGCCCACCAGCGCCGCCCCAUCGAGGACCGCAACAAGAUCGGCAUCCCCCGCCUCGACGCCGCCCUCGCCCUCCACCGCGCCGCCAUCGAGACCACCGUCCGGCCCUCUACCGCUGCCGCCGUCGGAGCCGACACCAUCGAGCUCUACUACGGCCCCAACCUCUACAAGUGCCACCGCACCCUCUGCGCCUUCUUCCACCGCGGCUUCGACGCCCGCCGCGACCGCGACGCCCACCAGGCCCGGCACGACCGGCCGUACCGGUGCCCGCUCGACGCCUGCGACUACGCCCCCUUCGGCUUCUCCUCCAACAAGGAUAAGGACCGCCACGUGCGCAACUACCACCCGGAGCUGAGCGACGCGCCCUCGGCCUUUUUGCAGAUGAGCCGCCGCGUCGAGCCCGCCAAGUUCCGCUGCAACAUGUGCUCCAAGACCUUCACGCGCAACAUCAACCUCAAGGGCCACGAGCGGAGCCACUUUGGCGAGAGGCCGUACGCCUGCUCCAACUGCGGCAAGGCGUUUGCGAGGCUCAACGACUGCCGUCGGCACGAGCGGAUUCACAUGAGGAGGGGGACGUGA